CUUUAUUUUUGAUUUUUUUUUGCGCACCUUGUGGCGAAUGAGUGACGAUGAGAGUGGAAGUUUCGAACGCCCUUCUGUAGGAAUCUUCUUCGGCGCUUUAGCUCGGAAGCUCACCGGCUCGCCUCGGCUCGCGGUUUGAAUGGACGUAGGCAACGCGCGUUGCGUUGGGAUGAGACUUUUAUUUUCACGAUGUUUCACGAGGACUAUGCUAAACAUUACAGUUCGCGUUGGACAACGGCAGUUAAACGUGGACGUUGAUUGCAUUUGAUUGAAUGCAUCGUUCACGUGCCCACGUUAGACGCAGCCGCCAUUGUUCUUGUACUGCUCAUUUACGUGCAAUUCACUUCAUAAUUGUCUCCUCGUUGAACAGUUUCUUUCAUGCCGCCUUGCUUUCAUAUGUGCUUGAAGGACGCAGUCAUGGACAUCCGGCCCAACCACACCAUCUACAUCAACAACAUCAAUGAUAAGGUGAAGAAAGAAGAGUUGAAGCGUUCUCUGUACGCGCUCUUCUCGCAGUUUGGCCAGAUCGUGGAGAUCGUGGCCAUGAAGACCAUGAAGAUGAGGGGCCAGGCCUUCGUGGUUUUCAAGGAGCUCGCCGCCGCCACCAACGCCCUGCGCCAGCUGCAGGGCUUCCCCUUCUACAACAAACCCAUGAGGAUACAGUACGCCAAGACCGACUCUGAGGUCAUCACCAAGGUCAAAGGAGCGCACGGUGACCGAGACAAGAAGAAGGACAAGAAGAAGAAACCUCAGGACGCCGCCGUCGCCCUCGCCAGGAAAACCGCCAUGGUGCCGUCAAUCGCGGCCCACAUUCCGGCGGUGCAGGUUCCCGACAACCCGCCAAACUACAUCCUGUUCCUGAGCAACCUGCCUGAGGAAACCAACGAGAUGAUGCUGUCCAUGCUCUUCAACCAGUUUCCGGGCUUCAAGGAGGUCCGUCUGGUUCCCGGGAAGCACGACAUCGCCUUUGUGGAGUUUGAGGGCGAGAUGCAGGCGGGCGUGGCCAAGGACGCCCUGCAAGGCUUCCGGAUCACCGCCACCUGCGCCAUGAAGAUCACCUUUGCCAAGAAGUAGGACGAGUGCACGCCAAAGGAUUCUUGGAGCGCUAACGGACAUUUUGGACGUCUUUUUUUUACUACUACUUGAUCGUUUUUGUGGUGGACUGGGUCACCUUGUGACCUUCCUCUUUUGUACAUUAACCAAAUAAAACGUCUUUGUUUUCCUUUUUUACACAA